UUGUUGCAGCUGUAUUGUGGCCGGCGGGCGUGGGCUGGCCAUAUAUAAGACCCUCACGAGCCAUCACCGCCGUAUUCUGUCCAUCCCCGGGAACUGAUCAGGACCUCACUAUGAAGAUCUUGCUACUCUGCAUGUCAGUGGCGGCGGCGCUCUCCAGCGUCCACGGCGGAGCCCUGCUGUCUCGGGGGCUGCUCCCGUACCGCUCCCUGCAGCCCUACCAGAGCGUGGCCUGGCCGGGGGCCCACACCGCACAGUAUGUCAGCACGGUGCCGUCUUACAGCUUCGGGUACAAUCCUCAGCUCGCGUACCAGUUCAGCCCCUUCUCGCAGAUCCCCGCGUACUACCCCGCAAGCCCUGCGUACUACCCGGCCAGUCCCGUGUACUACCCGGCCAGCCCCGCGUUCUACCCGCCCGGGACCGUCGUAGCGCAGCCCGGAUACCCCGUCCCCGCCGCGCCCGCGCAGCCCGCGCAGCCCCCGCAGCCCGAGCCCGCGCAGCCCGCCGGCGACGCCGACACCGCCGUGGUCGACGCCGCGCCCUCGCCCGGACAGUUCCAGUCCGACGACUCCACGCAACAAGCAACCCAGUCCCAGGAGCAACCCCCCGCGAGCACCUUCCCCUCCUUCCCGAACUACCCGCAACUGCCCCAACAACCCGUGUCUGCUGCAGGACAGCCAAUAUUCCCCCAGUUUCCUCAAGGCACUAUCCCUAACCUGCCCCAGUUCCCCCAGCUCCCUGGCUUCCCCGCGUUCCCGCAGGGCCCCGCGUCGCCCGCCCCGCAGUUCCCGCAAGGCCCCUCCUCCACCCCUCCGCCCUCCUUCCCCGCCGCCGACGGUGGAGACAAGGGAAUAAACGAUGAAGACACGAUAUCUGUAGAGUCCGCUUAAAUAAUGUAAAUAAAAUAUCCGUAUGCCAAUCCA